AUGGCGCUCGGUACAAUUGUUGAGGAGCAGUCUUCCAAUUUUCAAACGCCUAUUUCACAAGAAGAAGCUGACGACGACGAAGAUCCCUCUUCAUUUGUUAUUUCUCCACAACAACAAAAACCGACGACUCUAGCUAUUAGAGUUCCGAUUCCGAUCACAACGACGUCGACAAAUUUGCCAAGAAAUAUCGCGGCGCGCAAUUCGUCCGUAAUUGUGCCGCCGAUUAUUAUUGAUCCGAGUGAAAUGAAAUUUGGUGAGAGAUUGUCAAAGGUUAGUUUUAGGUUGAGAUCUUACAGCCAAGUUUAGCGAUGAAACUAGAAUAUUUUUGAUCUACAUUUUUUGAAAAAAUAAGUAAAUCAACAUUAAUUGCGUUUUUGAUUUUUCAACAAAAUUCAUAAUAGUUUCGAAAGAAGAAAAAUAAUUGAACAAAAAACAUCAUUUUGUUUUCAAAACCACAACACACAAUAAAAACCAGCUUUCACCAGUUUCGAACAGAGUAAAUAUAUUGAACAAACCUUCCUGUUCCUCUCGUCGCCCUUAUAGCUCAGUGGUAGAGCGUUGGUCUUGUAAACCAAAGGCCCGUAGUUCGAUCCUGCGUGAGGGCAGAUUUUUUUCUUUUAGUUUAUCAUCGAAGCUCGAUGCACUGACAACAUUUUAUUCUCCGGUGCUAUGAUGGUUGGCGGAUUUGUUCUAGUUAUGCAAACUUUUCCAAUCUUUAUGAAUAAUUGGGUUCUUCUAACCGAGCCCAGAAAUAUUAAUAAGACAAAUGAAAAUGGGGAACAAUUAGUGAGUUUUUUUUUUGAUUUUUUUGAUCUAGAAAUUUGAGAUAUUUUUUAGGAAAGCACAUUUCACUACAACACGGGUUAUUUUCAAAUUUGUCGUUAUCAUAUCAACAACAAUUCAGGAAUCAUGUAUGAUGAAAUUGAAAUUCCUAGUAAGCUCUGGCUUAACCUUUAAUUCUCCAAAAAUAUAAAAAACAAUUCCAGGAUCCGAAAGUGACUAUAAAUGUUUUCUAAAUCCCCUGUUCUCUCAACUGGAUCACAGCGAUUUUUCACUAGCAAGUCUGGCAGUUAUCAGUGAGUUCUUGAAAAUCAUUUGUUGAAUUUUUGAAAAUGAUUAAAAAAAAAUUUCAGUCAGAUUGGGCUCUCCGGCUCUUUUACACGUUAGUGGUGCAAUGGUUUGCUGUUUUGCGUUUUUCUUGGGAGUUGUCGGACAUAUCAAAACAUCGUUUUAUACGCUCUUCUCGUCGAUCACGUAUAUUUGUGGGAGUGAGUAAAUUUUUGAAAUUUAUUAAUUUUCAAGGGAACUUAUCACAUUUUCAUUGUCUAAAAUUGCAAAACUCAAUUCCUAACAUGAGGUAUGACGUGUCAAAGUUCAAAAUAAUUUUCAUGAAAAUCUGAAAGCAUGAAGUUAUUCAGGAUACAUUAGUUUUAAAAGUUCAUCCAAAAAUUCAAAACUACCUUUUUUACCAAACAAAUUUUUUUUAAGAACACAUUAAUUAUGUAAUCAGGCCUUCUGAACAACACUAUGCCAUCAGAUUUUCAUAAAAAUAAUUUUGAAAAAAAUUCAGAUCUUCCCGAUUUUUUGAAAUUUUUGAACUUUGUUGAGUUAUGUAAUUGAAGACGACGAAAAUUACUAGAAAACAUUUAUUUUAAUAAAAAUCAAAGUGAAAACUGAAAAUCAAAAAACUCUAAUUUCAGUGUUUAGAGGUUAAAUAUUUUCAGAGAAGUCUGGUUUUUUUUUCAGUUCACUUUUGAAAAUUCCCCAAGGGAUUCCACACAAAUAAUAUUUUUCUGCACUUCCUGGUCUACCUUUUAACCCAUUAUUCCAGGCAUAAUACUGUGCAUCGCCGUUCUAAUGGUUGUUUGUGUUGUCGAUGAUGAAUUGGCACCAAGAAUGAAACCGAAUGCUGCUGGAGAACCCAGUAAAUUCAGCUACAUUUAUGGUGAACUAAUUAGUUUUUCUCUUCUUCAUUUCCAAUUUUUUAGGACCACCAUUUUUCUCGUCAGCUCUUUCAUUUAUCCCCGUUCAAAUUUGCGCGUGUCUUCAUGCUUUUUUGUAUUUUCGACGAUUUCCAUCGGUUGUUGAAAAGUUGAAAUUUGUUCCGGGACUCGAGGCGAAACGUGAGUUGGUAAAGACUGAAUUUCAAUGAUGUUCAUCUCAAUUUUCAGUCCGCCGUGCUCAACUCGAUAAAGAGCUUGGAAUCCCACCACUAGAAAGUUUGCGUAGGGGAUCAUUAGCCUCCUACCUACCGAUUCCAAAUUUCAGCCAAGGAUCGAGGAGAAAUUCGAGAAGAUCAAGUCAAGCUUCAUUUUCAAAUCCAAGUUUAUUGUUUAUGCAAGAAGUUUAA